UGCAGAUCGACCCUUCUCUCAGUCUUUCCAAUCAAAACAACAUAUACAACCACAUCAGGUGCCAUCAUGUCCCUGUUCUCUAUCAAAAAGGCUGCCGACAAGGAACUAGACGACGUGUUUGCGAAGAGUGCGUCCUUCGCUACAGCCCCUACUCCCAUCGCUCAAGUUCCUCAAGCCUCCACAUCCUCCUCUACUACCGCCGAGAGCUCGAAAGCGUCCAAGAGGAAAGCCGACGACAUCUCCCAGUCGACGGACAAGGCCGAGCUCAACGCGGAUGGGACCGUAAAGAGGAAAGCGGGCAAGAAGGAACGUCCACCGAAACUCAGCAAGGCGGAAAAAUUGGAAAAGAAGAAGGAUGGAAAGGGAAAGUCCUCCAUGAGAACUGCCGCUAGCGGAAUUGAGGAUAGGGACGAGGACGAGGUUGAGGAUGAUAAGGACAACGAUGAUACCGUCGAACAACGAUACGCAACCAAGACUGCUAGUACACCCAACGCCGAUGCCAGCACUGCUGCAGUCGAUGCGAAUUCCGAGGAUGAGGAUAUGAGCGACAAAGCCCCGUCGGGAGACGAAGAGGAAGAUGAGGCAGCCGAUAUGACCGUCGAUGCCGACCCGGGCAAGGCGGACAAGAAGAAACGGAGGGUGAAGAAGACGAAAUACGUACCCGAGGGUGAGAGCUUGUCCCUGCAAAAUCAACUCAAAGCCCAUCUCCUUUCCUUCGUUCCGACCGCUUCGAUCGAGUCCAUUCGAUUCCGAUCGAUCGCUUUCGCUGCUCCUACUACUCAACAAGAAGACCCUACCGCUGCUCCCGCAACUACCGCUCAAGAGGAAGAGAACCGACGAGUACAGCGAGAAAAGGAGAGGGCCAAGGCUUGGAGAGAGGACAACGAGGAAGAGGGUGGGGAUGCCAGGAGUGGAAAGCGAAGAAGGACGGCGGAGAGGGAUGACGAGGAUAAUCCGGCGAGGGACGGCAAGGUGUUUUUCAAACCUGGCGAGAAGCGAAAGGUCGCCUUCAUGAAGGGAGAGUUCCAUAAGGAUGUAGCAUCCGCCAACGCCUAUGUCGUCUUUGCCCAUCCCGCUCCAGAUCGACCAUCAAACGUCCGUCCUAUCAUGGACCCUUAUGAAGCUGCUACCCAGGUCAUCGCCCAGGGCAACAACUCGUCCUUCCAAGAUCGUCAUCUCCGUCUAGACGCCGUACGACCGACGUUGGACAGUAUCUCCAAGGCCGCCGCCGCUGAAGGUAAAUCCACCCUUCCUGCUCGACGUGAAAUCUGGACGGCUGGAAGGGAUGUCAAGAACAGUCUUUUCGUUGGCAAUUUGGACGCUGCAGCCAAGGAGGAGGAUCUGAGGUUGUUCUUCGAGGCUCUUGUUGAGAAGGAGAGGGGUUCGGAGCCCAAGGGCGGCCAAUAUGUGCUCGACGUGAGGAUCAUCCGAGAUCGUGAAACUCAGAUGGCAAAGGGUUUCGGUUACGUCGCUUUCAAUGAACGGGAAAGCGUCGACGAGGUCCUGGCGCUACCGUCGAACAAGCUUAGGCACGCUAAACGAAACUUACGGGUUCAGCCUUGCAAAACGUUACCGUCCGCGCUGGGAGGCAGGGACAUCAAGCCGGUUCCUACGAAGGAUGCCAAAAGCAAGAAUGGCAAGCCCGUCAAAUCCGAGAGAAAAGUGCCUGUCAAGAAGGCGGCUCCUAUCGUACCGAUCGUCAAGGUUCACGGGGAUCCUAAACUGGGGGACAAGAUCGCCACGCUCUCGAAGGACGAGCGAAAGGCUUUCAAGGCGACCGACGCUACGCGUCUCGCCCGGCGAGCGGCCAAGAAGCAGUCGGCCAAGCUCAAGGAUGCAAUGGCCAACAAGCGAGACAAGGUCAAGCUCGAUGUCAAGGGUACGAGCAAGAAGUUGAGCGGAACUAGGGACAAGAGCAAGGCCAAGAAGAGCAGGGUCAGGAGCGAGCAUGCUGCCAAGAAGGUCAAGGGGAAGAGGGAAUAGAAGGCCUUGAGAUGUAUACUCGAGACAACUUCGGUGAUGAGAUGUUAAGAAUUUUAGGAUCGACCGCCGAAUUGAAUGGCGUUUAUCCGACGAUUGAAUGGUUGAUCGAACAUUACAAUCCUCCGUAUCCGAUGUGAUACCUCGUUUGACUUCGUAUAGGGUUAAAGAUAGGAAUGACUAGAAGCUGAUC